GCCGAGCCAAGCCACUAUGGGGAAAAUUGCGCUGCAGCUCAAAGCCACGCUGGAGAAUGUCACCAACCUCCGCCCUUUGGGUGAGGACUUCCGGUGGUACCUCAAGAUGAAAUGUGGCAACUGUGGUGAGAUUUCAGAGAAGUGGCAGUAUAUUCGGUUGAUGGACAGUGUGGCACUGAAGGGAGGUCGUGGCAGCGCCUCCAUGGUCCAGAAGUGCAAGCUGUGCGCGAGGGAAAACUCCAUCGAGAUUUUGAGCAGCACCAUCAAAUCUUACAAUGCUGAAGACAAUGAGAAGUUCAAGACAAUCGUAGAAUUUGAAUGCCGAGGCCUUGAACCAGUUGAUUUCCAGCCCCAGGCUGGGUUUGCUGCUGAGGGUGUGGAAUCGGGGACAGUCUUCAGUGAUAUUAAUCUGCAGGAGAAGGACUGGACUGACUAUGACGAAAAGGCUCAGGAAUCUGUGGGAGUCUACGAGGUCACCCACCAGUUUGUGAAGUGCUGAACCUUCUUCAUGCGCACUUGCCUCUAAGAACUGAGAAGGGACAAUGUGCCCCGAGCAGCGGAGCCCACUGAGGCGUGUCCCCCCUCAUCCUUUGUCUCCUGGAAGCUAUCCAAGCCCUCACCGCCUGCAUGUUGGGCUCUGUCACAGCUUCCCAAGCCCCACCAAUAAAGCCCCCGUUUGUGCUGCACUGGUACGUGAAGGCAGAGUCAGGUAACAGCAACUCCCUCCACAAAUAAUUCAUGUUGGAAGUCUCCGAUCGCUUCCUGGCACGUUGCCACAGUAUAGGCUCCAAUUUGUAAAAUAUGCAGGAGCACAUAGCUUAUAAGGGCUCUCCAGCUCUUGGGGAGCAGGUAGGUCAACUCAAAGGACCUAAGGUGUCAAGGCCAAUGGUACAAAGGGCAGCUGGGCCUGUGGAAUGAUGCCAUGAGCCCCAUGGUCCUGAGCCAAAACACUACAUUUACCACCUUGGCUCUUAAGUAAACCCAGGCAUUUCUAGCUGGUGUCACUACAUAUUCCAGGGCUAGCAGGGACUUUACAGGCAGCAAUCCAGUCCUGGCAUGAAUCUGCUCUGUGAAAUUCCUGCUGACGGUCAUCAAGUCUUUGUCCAUUUGCCAUGAUGAGGCAAUCCUCUCCCAUCAGGGGAGUCAAUAUGAACGUUCUUCCUUCUGCUAAGUCAGCCUCUGUGCUUCCUG